AUGGCCGGCACGUGCUCCCCGCCGGCGCCUCACGUGAUCGGAUACUCCGUGGUCGAGCUCUCUGGAGCUGGUUCUCGAACCGGUGCCCCGUUCUCAGUCCGUAUCUCCUCCCGGUGCCGCGCCAUGGCCGCCGCGCAGGAUGGCCGUAGCCUUAUGGAAGGACCCUCCUGCAUCUUCGUCGGGCCCGUGGAGACUGCCAGUCAAGAGACGCUAGAAGCUCUCUAUCGCCAAGCUCGAGAGGCCUACUAUAGCGGAGACCCUUUGAUUGUUGAUGACAUGUUUGAUAGAGUGGAAUUAAAAUUGCGGUGGUAUGGAUCCAAAUAUGUCGUCAAGUAUCCCCGUUGCAGUCUCAGGCGGCAAUCAACCUAUGCUGAUGCUCAGGAAGAUCCUUCACAGGUUUUGGCCUUGGCGAGUGUAUGGAUUUUGAUUCUUGCUUUUGGAUCUUUGGCCUGCCUUGUGCCUAUAAUAUACACCAUCGCUCAAUCUUCUCAAGAUGGUUUCAACUCGGGAUUGUCUUACACUAAUCAAACUUCUGCGCUAGAAUCUCUUGCCACACUCAAUGCAACGCUCUUCAUGUUGUUUGGAUCCUUGAUUGGGUACCCAAUUGCAUCAGCCUCUGUUGGAGCACUUCAAGGACUCUGGAGAAAUGACUUGGUGGCACUGAAAGGGGCAUGCCCAAACUGUGGUGAGGAGGUGUUUGCAUUUGUUAGAUCUGAUCGUUCUACUCACUCUCCACAUAGAGUGGAAUGUCAUGUAUGUGAGAGCUCCUUGGAAUUUCGUACAAAGGUUGAGCAAUCACCUGGUAGACGAUGGGUAUAUGGUCGCAUCUACUUAAUUCGGCCUAUGGGCAGACGCCAAAGAUGGGCGUAG